CAAUUUAAUCUAAUAACUGGGGAGAGCGGGAAAUGAAGAAAGCCACGGCAGGAGGGAGAGUGCGAGCGCGAGACAGAUAGAGAGAGAGGGUUUCGAAGCUCACCGAAGAAGACGACAAUGGCGCCAAUCUUGCAAAGCUCCCAGCCUUGGGUCGAGAAAUACCGGCCGAAGCAAGUGAAGGAUGUGGCUCACCAGGACGAGGUUGUCCGAGUCCUCACCAACACCCUGGAAACCGCCAAUUGCCCACACAUGCUCUUCUACGGCCCGCCUGGCACCGGCAAGACCACCACCGCCCUUGCAAUCGCCCACCAGCUGUUUGGGCCUGAACUUUACAAGUCAAGGGUACUGGAGCUGAAUGCUAGUGAUGAUCGUGGAAUCAAUGUUGUUCGAACAAAGAUAAAAGACUUUGCCGCUGUGGCCGUGGGUUCUGGCCAACGCCAAGGGGGUUAUCCUUGCCCGCCCUAUAAGAUUAUUAUCCUAGACGAGGCAGAUUCGAUGACUGAGGAUGCUCAGAAUGCUUUGAGGCGUACAAUGGAGACAUACUCCAAAGUUACAAGGUUCUUUUUCAUCUGUAACUACAUCAGCAGAAUUAUAGAGCCUCUUGCUUCAAGAUGUGCGAAGUUCAGAUUCAAGCCCCUCUCAGAAGAAGUCAUGAGCAGCCGUAUAUUGCAUAUCUGUAAGGAGGAAGGACUUAAUCUGGAAGCAGAGGCCCUAUCAACAUUAAGCUCUAUUUCACAAGGUGAUCUUCGUCGGGCAAUCACAUAUUUGCAGGGAGCUGCUCGGUUAUAUGGAUCAUCAAUUUCUUGCAAGGAUUUAAUAAAUGUUUCUGGGGUUAUCCCGCCAGAGGUUGCUGAGGCACUCCUCAUCGCAUGUAAAAGCAGUAACUUUGAUCAGGCCAACAAGGAAGUCAACAACAUAAUCGCAGAGGGAUAUCCCAUCUCUCAGAUGCUUACUCAGUUAUUUGAUAUGGUUGUCGAAGCAGAUGAUAUAUCUGAUGAACAGAAGGCUAGAAUAUGUAAGAGUUUGGCUGAAGCAGACAAGUGUCUCAUUGAUGGGGCGGACGAGUACUUACAGCUUCUGGAUGUGGCCAGCGACACCAUGAGGGCCCUCUGUAACAUGCCACAGGAGUUCUCUUAUGAAACUUAGCCUUUUCUUGGGAAGAUCAUGCAAAGGUUGUGUGAAGUCUUUCAGCUCCUGGACAGUCUUGCUGAUUGAUCGGUAACUCCCAUUAUGAUAGCGGUGACUUGUGAUGUUAAUACAGUGUCUUGGCUACUUUGGCAGAUGGUCCUUCCUUGUGAGUUCCUUCAUCGUAGCUCCUACAUCGGGUAUGGAGAACUUUUUGAUCUGGUGUUAAACUUGCCUUUCCUCAACUGUUGGAAGUUUGAAAAUUUUGGGAUAAUGCUAAGCGGAUUAUUGAAUUAUUUGCCAUAAGAGUCAUUGCAUAGUGGGAGGAAACAUGAUGAGCAAUUUGAUUUUUGUCUCCGUUAAUGUCAUUUAUGCUGCUUGGCACUCCUAGAAAGGUUCUUUAAGUCCAAACAUGUGGACAAAAUUAUGCUUAUGUUCAAGCGCCUACCCAACUAAAUCAUCGCAAGAUUUGGAUGUAAAA